AUGCAUGCUUCUUAUCAACUAGCAGGGAGGAAACCCGAAAAUUUGUCUGGAAAUGACAGGUGGCUUUGCCCGCAGUGCUCUUCUUAUCAAGACAGUACAAGCGAAACGGUUUUCACCCAGUGCGGAGACAUUCUAAUUAUCCAACUGAAGAGGUUUACGUUUCUUGAUGGAAGAACCCUAAAAAAUAACAAGUUUGUUACCUGCCUUGCUUCACAUGACAUUUUUAGAGUUCGCUCUCAGCCAACGGAUGACAUACUAUUUAACAACAAAUAUUCGUUAGCUGCCACUAAUAAUCAUUCGGGCACCCUAGGAGCAGGUAACUAUUGGGCAUUCAUUGAAGAUCGCAGCUGUGGCUCAUGGUUAGGAUUUGACGAUAAAGCACUUGUUAGAGUUGCACCAUCCGAUUUCAAUAACUCUUCUGUGUAUGUGUUGUUUUUUGUGAAAAUAGGUUUUAUAUUACCCCGGCUGUUUCUGUCACAAGCAGUCUACCGUGAACCUAGAAGGGUUGCUUUAUUAAUUAACUUGGUUGUACAGACCAUCCUUGUAAAAGGGAGAUCUUGCUUUGCAUAG